CAGCUGGCUGCGGCCGCAGCUGCAGAGGCGGAAGAAAACAAUGCAGUUGAAGUUCGAAGAGAGAAAGUCAGCGAUGUUGUCUCGUCAGAGAGCCCAGACGAUGUUGCUUUGCCGUCAGAGCAAAAGGAUGAUGCAGAGCAGAAUGAAUGUGCUCCCGUAUCAACGGGAGAAGCGGACAGCCAGGAAGACAAAGCUCAAGACGGCAUUGCAGAACAAGAUUCUCGUCAACAAGAAGACAUGGAAAAUCAAAAGAGUACUAGUGAUACUGAAACUACUGGAGCAGAAGAUGCAGCAGGUUCUAGUACCACGGCUCCAUCUGAAGUUGAAGAACCUAAACAACCUCGAGCUUCAUCCCCAUCCGCUCCAUCAGCAAAAGCAGCAUCAACGCCGUCACCAAAAGCAUCAACAUCCUCAUCCUCCAACCUAAUGACGUACAAAACUUAUGACUUCCGGAUACUAUAUACAUCUCCAGAAGCAUCUUGGCCCUCCGUGUAAGGGGAAAACGGGUCCAAGAUGACGCUCAAGAUGGAUUCCCGGAAGGUCUAAAAAACUUCAAGUUCCACCUGGCUCGACCCCCCGACCCCUUCUAGUAGUUCGCGUGGUCCUAGGUGGAGUAAGUUUCGGAACAGUAGUCCUGGUUGGCGUGGUGAAGAUCUCGAGGAUUUCCGGCACACGUUAGGAGCGAUGCAGGCUGUGGGGAUUGCUAGGGAGCACACCAAGAUUAAGGGUCACCGCAUUGCAUCCUUCACUACCAUUCUUGACUUAUUUUCCAAUAGGAAAGAAGUCAAGGAUGAUCUGAAGAAUGUAAUUGCGCAACCCCUGCUAACAAGAAGAUCUUCGACGCGAUCGCAGCAGUCUUACAUCUUCGCAGUGUGGAGUUUGACUCAUGCUGCUUUUUGAAGACAAGCAGUGCUGGUGGGAAUAGUACAGCAGACGCUGAUGAGCAAGAAGGAGCGCUAGAUGAAGGUGGCACCUCCGCAGGAGCAUCGAGGAACUCGAAGUUUCUCAUAAGAGGCGGAUCAUCUCCAUCGAAACUACUGAUGGGCGGCGAUCAAAACUAUGAGGAGGAUGAACAAGAUUUAACGACACACUUAGGUCCGCCACCGAAUAGACUCGCUGGCGGUGGCGCUGCUUCUAGUUUACACAGCAUCAACAAAAAACUGCCUACUUCAGCUUCUCACCCAGCUGCGAUGAAUGCCGGGAUCAUGGGAACUACAGGCAAAGGAGCAGGGGUAGCAGCCUCUUUGGCUAAUGGCAACGCAUCGUCCACCGCAUCUUCGUCCAGCAGAGUUGACUUAGUAACAUGCAAGAAUCCUGAGCAGUUGCAACUUGUGGAAACGCUACUCGGCGUGCAGGACCUGGCAAAUGCGUUGUGCCACAAGGUGAUCGGGUGUCGCGGUGAGCAAGUCAAAUCGCACUUGCGACUGGAACAAGUCCUAGACAACCGGGAUUCUUUAGCACGCCACUUGUACGGCUUGGUGUUCAACGACAUUGUCGCACAGGCUAAUGCAUGCAUCUCAUGCAAAAGCUCAUCUUCUAGUCCAAACACCGAACGAAGUGCAAGUGGAGGUGAAGACGGACGACCAGAGUGUAGCUUGAAAACGGACGACCAACAGCAACAACUACCAGCACCUUUACAAGGAUCUCUUUUCAUUGGCGUUCUGGACAUUUUUGGGUUUGAGUGCUUUCUCCACAACAGCUACGAACAGCUGUGCAUCAACUACGCAAAUGAACGACUGCAGCAGUUCUUCAACCAUUUCGUCUUCUUGCUGGAGGAAUCUCUCUUAGGAGAAUACGAAGUCAAUUGAAAUAGGCAAGUAACUGAUCAGAAUAGCCGAGAUACUGACGAGAAGGAGGAGUACCCUUGUCGAUGUUAAGCUACCUCCCUCAUUUCAGUCAGUAACUCGGUUAUGUUGAGUUUUCGGUCGUUUGUUGUGUGCUUUGUGAUUGGAUAAUUGGCAAUCAUGUUGGUCUCCAAAGAUCAUGACCAAGAUGCAGGAGGGCUAGAACAACAAGUUAUUGGGUACUGAAUUAGCACUAGUUCAUUCUCCUACCAUCGCGAGCAAGUCCCGUGGGACCCAGUGGAUUUCCCGGACAACCGAUUGAGUCUAGAACUCCUGCAAGAGAAAGUGACAGGCGUUUUCCACGUUCUAGACGAGGAAUGCAUGGUUGUCCGUGGAAGUGAUCAGGGCUUGGUGAAUAAGCUCACGAAAGUUAAGGCCUACUCUAGUGCAUAAGGACUUCUACUUACCCUAGUAGUGCAAAGGCCUACUCUAGUGCAUCUUUUGAGUGAAUGGCUCUGGUAUUUGGUAACCUGAAUUCGAUUCUAAGGGAAAACAAGAAGAGAACCCUUAGGAUCAAACUCAGGUUACCAAAUACCAGAGCCAUACAGUGAAGCAUGUUGGAACUGUGGCCCCAUAAGGGGAAAACAAAUUCAGGGUCGUGAGUUUCGAGAUGUAUUCGGGUGAGUUGGACUUCUAAGCAAAUCCACAGCGAUCAUCCUAGGUUUCAAGUGGUGAAGCUAGACCGCUCAGCCUUUGUGGUGAAGCAUUUCGCAGGUGACGUGCGCUAUUCGAGUCACCGGUUCCUGGACAAAAACAAAGACCAGCUGAGCGUGGACCUUAUACAGUGUACUAAAGCUUCAGAGAAGUCGUGUGUUGAUACUUUGGUUUGACACUCAUGAGCAUGAUCUUCCUGUUCCUCUAUGACACGCUAAUAGGCAAAAGAUGAAUCUUCGUAGUGUGAUACUUUGGUUUGACACUCAUGAGCAAGAGCAUAUCUUCCUCUAUGACACGUUCAUAGGCAAGAAAAGGCAUGCCUGUCUAAGAAAAGAGGAGAAGCACAACGACAACCUCCUUACCCUUUCAUCUCCACCAGGUAUCAAAUCCAGCCAUUGUAGUUACAUUUCCAGCCUGUUUCAUGGAGACGCACGUUACGAAGCGCCGAUUCCCGGAAGGAAACGGAAAAUCAAGACGAUUUCAGCAGAAUUCAGAGGUCAACUUCAGCACUUGUUGGAGAAAAUCGAUUUGACAGAUCCGCACUUCGUCCGAUGUAUAAAGAGUAACGCAGAAAAUGUCUCGACAACGUUUCAUCGGCGUUUGGUGACCGAGCAGUUGCGGUAUAGUUUAUGGCAGCUUGGUGAUAUAGGUAGCUUCGCUGUACCACCUAUAUAAUUUCGAGUUCGUCAAAAAAUAGAACUAGGAACCGUAGCAUGCAUGCAAGUGAAAGGCGUGUUUAAGUUUGUGGUAGAAGUACCAUGCCGGAUGAAACAUGACCAAACCAGAGAUCCGUAAAAGUACACAAUCACAGUACCCUUCCCCUGAAGUCACAGACCACCUUCUCAACACAAGCAUCUUUCAUGCUCCGGCGUGAUCCAAGUUGUGCAGAUCAGUCGGUCGGGAUAUCCUGUUCGCAUUCCUCAUCGCGAGUUGUGGAUCGAUUAUCGAUGUGUUGUACCUCACGCUGGGAUCAUCGAAAGGCUUGGUGGAGUACGGGUUUCACUUGGACUACCUGGUGCUUCGUCGAUGAAUCGCGAUCGCGAUCGUGUUCCACUGAAGAAACGGAUAACGACUCUGAUGGAUUUGGCAUGUGAGAAGUGGCAGAUCUCAACCUCAACAUGCAGUACCACAGCAACAGGAGUCAGUACUAGCAUAGAAGCCGGCGCGAGCAAGAACGCUGCUCAAUUUCAAGUUGGCAAGACUUUAGUCUUUUUCAAGAAAGCUGCGUUUGCCAAGUUGUAUCGCGCAAGGGCCGAAACGCGGCAAACGAGUGCUGCUAGCAUCCAAAACUUCCUGCGCAUGGCAGUGCAGCGGAUAGCCUAUUUGCGAGUGAGAUUCUUGAUGACGAAACUUCAAGCAAGAGUUAGAGGAUCGCAGCAAAGGAGAAGGUUUCGAAUAGCGUUGAAGGAAUAUCGAGCGGCAGCAAAAAUUCAAGCUUUUGUUCGGAUGAGCAUUGUGCGGGGAGCGUACUUCUACUUCGUUCCUCUUUCACUUUUUUCUGCUUUGAGUUUGAGUUACACAUCAUGCUGACUCCUUUUAUCUCUUCAAGCACCUUUUUAACCUCCUUAUUCUAAUUUGUGAUCUUCAGAUGAAACCUCAUACACAGGUACAUCCACCUCAUCAAGUCGUCAGCGCCGCUGAUUCAGCGUUGUGUACGUGGCCUUUUAGGAAGGCAAAGAGUCAAGAGGAUCAAAGCCAGACAAGAAGAAUUAGAGAAGCAACGAGAGCGACAGUUUAGGAAACCCAUCCUACCAAACGGAGGAGACGCAUCGUCAGGUGGAAGACACCCUGCCGUGGGAAGGGAGCAGCAGUUGGUAGUCCGUGCACCGCCGCCAUUCCGGUUCCGAGCAACAGCGCCGGCGCUGUAUUUUUGUUUUAGUUUAUAAGUUUUUGAACACCAGUGAUUAAGUAAUUUGGCUAACGUUCUGGUUCUUAACGUGUUCUAUCAGCGUUCUUGGUUUUCCUUAAUGAGAUGAUUAUCGCCUCGUGCCAUGUAUAUGUAAGAAAUUAAUAUAUCUAAGAAUAUUGUUUUUGCAGCUCAUCAAGCGCGGUCGCCCCUAUGAUACGUGCUGGGGAAAAGGCAGUUGCAACGAUGAGAAGCAGCGUCGAGACUAUGCUACGAACAGAGUCGCCCUUUGUUCAACCUCUGAACAACAACCCUCGCGCAACUAUUCUUAAGGGUAGGCUAAAGGUGCUUUUCUUACCGCUUUUUAUGCCUCUCCUAAGGGAGAAAGGCAUAAAAAGCGGGGUAAGCAAGCACCAAAAACCUACCUCUAAUAUUCAAUCAACAUCGGAGUAUCAGAUGACCCAAAAUCAAAGAGGACCACAAGAAGUAGGUGCACCAGCAACAGCAACUUCUACAGUAGUGACACUUGCCGAUCAAGAAGAUGAGGCAUAUCUACGAUCAGCAGCUCCGUACCAUCCUAAGCCUAACUACGACAAACUACACCAAGAACACCAGGCCCAGGAGUCCCAGUCCUCUAGUAGAAGUAGUUUUGCCUUCAGCAACUCUUGCUCAGAACAGCACCAGCAAAGAAAAAGCUACUACAGCCAACCUCUUGGCGGAGGUUGUCCUUCGACUGCGACUCCUACCACGACGUCUGGCAACAACCUGAACAAUUCUAUGAGCUCAGCAGGAAAUGGGGGAGGCAGUAGCAGCACCCGAUCUCAAACGAGAGUCGUCAUCGGAACUAUGUCGUCCGGAAGAGCUGCGGCACGUGCUUCAGCACCUGCUGCGUCAACAAAUAACGCUGGCAGCGGACUGUUGUAUCCAGGAGGCGGCCCUUCUUCCAACAUGCAUCAACAAGAACAGGCUAGAGCGUCUACUGGCUCAGGAGGUACUAGUCAAGGCGGUCUGAAGAACAACAACUAUAGCAGAGCAGGGAGCGGCAUGGGACCAGGCGGAGGGAUCACAAGAACUACUGCAUACACACCACGUGGGAACAUCGUAGUUCCACCACAAAAUAUGACGAGAAGUGCGAUCGCAUUCACAGCAACGUCAACUGCCUUGAAAACAUCAACGCCGCGGGAUCUUCAAGGGGGGAUCGUUUUACCACGACCUACACCAACUGCUGGUACACCAGGAGUCUGCUCAACAUCUGCUCAACAACUACAAGCUUCUGCUAAAAACAAUAACAACAGAAUGAGUCCCCGUGACCGUGCUUUUAUACCGGGUUUACGCGUCAGUUUGAAUAGUCCGCCAGUACCUCCACCAGGAAGCAUGACGUGGCAACAAGGGCCUUUGCAAAGUGCGAGUAUGGUCGCUCGACCGCCAGGAACGAGACCCAUGCAGCAUCAGGGGUACAAGUGA